AUGUCGACUGCCCAGAUUGCCGCGUCCCCACGCGCACCGAGGGGCAAGCCGCAGAGCCCAGCCCAAGCGCCCAACAAGACACCCGGCCGGCAGUCACAGCGGAAGCCGCGCAACCAGCGUGCGCCAAAUUCGCACAACGACCAGAAUGCGCCGGGAGCGUCGCCGCGUCGUUUGCCCGCAGAUGCCGCCGACAGCGCCGCCUACUCGGGCGAAGAGUCACAGCGACCGACAGCGCCGCGCAGCAUGAAGAAGCACCACCAAGCCUAUGCCUCCGACCGCGUCUUCUCUCCCGCGGAAUCAGCUCCUGUUCCGAUCCAUCCGUCUGCCACCCCGGUCAAGAUCCAAGGUGCAUAUGCCGGGCCUACCUUUCAUGCCUCGCCUGCGCCCUCUGCUCUUCCCAUACCCAAGUUUCUUUCUCGUUCUGUGCCGGCGAAGACACGUGCUGGUCCACCAACGCCUCCACCAGAAGAUAGUUCAGACUCUGCUUCUCCGAGUCCUUCUGCUUCUCCUUCCCGUGCCCCAGUGACCUUUCCCCCGCGUAAUGAACAGUCUCCACUGGAUCUGCUUUUUCAGGCCGAUGCAGCUGAGAGAGCCAACAACAACUUCGGAGGCCCUAUUCCCCACAGUCCCUUCCACCAGGCCAGACCCCAUCACUUCAAGCAUGACUCAUACCAUUCGCUGAAUGGCGUCUUUCCUUUAGAGCUUGACGGUGAAAGCAAAAAGGCGCACAUGUCCCCACCCCCGGCGGCAUCACCAGCUUCGCAACGCUCUGUGACUGAUCCCAACAAGGUCCCACAGCUCAAGGACAUGCAUCAACCAGGUAAUGGAAAUGAUGUCAUGCAGGACCUCCUUAGCCGCUUAUCCAUGUCGCAGAAGAACUCAACGGCUGCAACACCGCCUCAACCAGGCACUCAGGCUCUGCCGGCUUCACAGUCGCGUCAAACACCCUCGCCUUUCCUUGAUGGACGGCCUCUGGUCAGAAGUGCCUCCGGUCCGACUACUCCCCAGACACAGCCCCCGAACCAGGAUUCCGCCAACUUUUUCUAUGGGAACAAAAACCUCUCUCCGCUGUUCAAAGCAGCAAAGGGUGAGUCACCAAAGCGCAACUCUGGCCUCCGUACCGAAAUCACUGCCGAUUCCCCCAUGAUAGGACAGGGUACCUUCCAGGGAUUUGCUUCCGUUCCUCCACACGUCAUGGAUCCCAACACCUUCUCUCGGGACCAGCCAGGACACAACCAUGAGGCACCUUCAAAUGCGCGUCAUAUGUCAGCCCCGGUUGUGCAGCCGUUUCAGCAGAGCCCAAACAACCGCAGGAAGACACCUGGUAGGCAACCCUAUCAAGCGCGUCCUGAGUCAUACCCAUCCAGGGGUAACAUGACUGGUCCUGGUCCUGGUCCUGGUCCGGGGCCCAAACCUCGCAAGGCAGCCAUGAACAGUCCUCCUGCGUCAGCACCCAAGCCUGCCGUUACCAUGAUGUCCUUCGUCCCCGCAUCUGUUGCUGCGAAACGCAAGCCGGCUACUAUCCCUUCAGCCGCUGCUGCCCCCGCCCCACAGAUGAAAACUUCCACACCUUCCGAUUCGUCAUCUUUGGAGCAGGACCUCAAGCGUUUACUUAAUCUCAACUCGGCUGGCGAAACGUCCAGCGUGAGAUAAUCUGCCAUCUUGGUCGACUUGUUCAUAAACACGCCAUAUCUAGGCACAUUUCCUUUCAAUUGCGUUGUUUUGUUCAUAUGGGAUUUCUAGCGUUUCCAUGUAGUCAUGUUUCAUGACAGUGCUUUCUGUUCAUUUGGAGUUUGGCGUUUCCAAUGACUAUACGUCAUUAGUUUUCGGUGCAUGUAGUGUGGAUUGACGGGAAUGCCUCGGGUACGUCGACCCAGCACAAGAUUUUCUUUUGUCAUUGUUCAUUGAUGGGUACAUGAACAUGGUAUUCCAAGAGCUGGAUGGUGGGUUUUCUCGUCAUCAUGUUUGCUGCGUUUGUGUACAAGCGCUUUUUGGAGUUGUCUCAACUGGCUGUGCGAAGUGAGCUUCUCCCGACAACGUCUGCUGUCCAUGUCUUUGGAUCUAGGCACGACUCGACCAUCAACACUACAACACCACAAAUCUCAAGUAAAAAUCAAGAAAAAAAUAAGGGCAUGAUGCUCGGCUCUGGUGCUUCCCUCGGGAAGCUCAGAGUUUUCAUGUCCAA